AGAGCUGAAGUAAGAAAAAAAGAAUUACAUAAACCCUAAGUCCUCUCUGAUCAUCAUGAGGAGAUUACCUUUGCAUCUCCUCGACGAGAUUCUCUUCAACUUAGAUCCCAAAUCUCUGGGGAAGAUGCGAUGCACAAACAAAUCUAUCAACUCUCAUAUAUCCGAUGACCCGAAUUUUAAAACCGAAUACUUUUCUCGGAUCGGAUCCAGUUUGCUUCAUGUCUCCAAAUAUGAUUCCAACGUUCUCUGUUUCCACCCUUUUGGCAAUUCUUGGUCUGAAAGUGAACACUUAGACAACUGGCUUAAGAUUCUCGGCUCUUGUUCCGGCCUUCUCCUACUCUCCAUUAAGGGUCGCUCCUGCGUCGCUAAUCCCCUCACAAACAAGUUCCGGUUCCUGGAUGACUCUAUAUGGGGAAAAGAAACGUGGACUAGGUCUGGGUUUGCGGUUGAUCAGAUCGAUCGAACCACUCAGAGAUUCAAAAUCGUUUGCAUAACCGAGCAGCUAGAGGUUUCAAAUCCAGACGAAACGACGUAUCAAUUCGAGAUCAACACCGGAGAAUCAUGGAGCUUAUCGAAAACCACUAUUACUUGCCGCUCAAGUAAGCUCGAGAAGGGUAAGAAUUCGAAACCUGUUUACUUGAACGGAGAUCUUCACUGGCUGAGAAAAGACAGAAGCAUUGUAGCUUUCAAUCCGGAAACAGAGAAAGCACGACUGAUUCAUAGCAAAUUUAACCGGAAACCCGGGAAGCUCUUGCUCUGUGCCGGCGAUAACCGCCUGACACUGAUAUCGGCUACGAAGAGAGUGAUUUCCGUUUUUGCCCUCGAGACCGAUGGUAAAUGGAUCCUCGUGAGGCGGAUCAAGAACAAGGUGGUGCACCAAAGUAUACCUUUGUUGUACUGGAACGUGCACGCGUACGACGGCAAGUGUUUAGAGGUGAGGACGAUGAAGAACCGUCGGGAUGGCUCAGUGAUUCAUAGCUACGACGUGAGAGCGAACAAGUGGGGAGUCUUUCGUUCGUUUCCGAGGUGGUGCAUUCCUAAUCGACACUUUUUUCUGUUUAAGCCGUCGUGGUCUUCUGUGAUUGGACUACUGGAUCAAGAAGAGAUCAAGACCAAGACCAAGACCAAGACCGAUCCCUUGGCAGUUACCGAAUCUGAAAGCAUAUCAUCUGUAAUGGCUAUUAUGGGUCUGAUUAAUCGUAAUUUGUCUUUUAUCUAACUAAAUUAGUUUAUUUAAAUUAGGAAGAAGAGUUGUUUUUGUUCUUCCCAAAUCUCAAAUCUUCCUAUGGAGUUUAAUCUCAAAUAAGUUUGUGUGGAGCUUUAACUUUUUACAAAUUGGUUUAAUCUUAUAUUAUAAUGAAUCAAUGAACUCAAU